UGCUCGCUUCAUUAACGGAAGUGUAUUUGUGUUUUGUAGUAGUAGCUCUAGGGCAGGCAUUGUCCUCCCUGUUUUUGUUACUCGAGAUGUAGUCUAGUUAUUGCCUACAAUUUAAGUAUUACAGCAACCGUUCAUUGCCGUACGUGUACUGGUAUAUUUGAAGGGGUGGCAGAAGUCAUAUCACCCGUUGAACGCAUGGCCUGCAGCCUAGCCCUCCAGGACGGCUGGAACGACGUUAUUGUUGUCGGACAGCUUGGCAGCAGUUUCGCUGACGCCAUAUUUGGGUUCCACCAGCAUCCAAUCAAAACAACAGUUUACAACGCGGCCAAUCGCGUGCACUGGACGCCGUCUGAGAGUGUUGGUGGAGUUCUGAUCAGUUCCACUCCCGCUAAUGCUGCAGCAGCCAUGGAAGACUUGCGGGAGCGAAACCUGACUGGCCAGAGACGUAAGUGGAUUUUUGGAGUUCGCGACGACCCCGGCACGCGUCCCUUAAUCUUCCGGGGAAAAGACGGGGAAAAGUUUGUUCUUCUUGUGCCCCGUUUGUCGGUGCUGGCGCACACUUGCCACAGGAAGCAUAGUGUCAUCGAUAGCAGCGAAGCGUACAAGGCGUAUUCUCUGUACUCUACCGGAACGGGCAACACGUGUUGGGAGUUCUUGGAGAACGAGUCCCUGUUCCCUUCAUACCCAAAUGACUUCGGAGGAAGAUCCCUCAGGAUCACUUCGCUAGGGCUGUAUCCAGUGAGGCAGCCACCAAGAGACGCUAACAGCUGGAAGUGGUCGGGUUACACUUUCGAUAUCGUCAACUACUUUGCCGAGUUCCUUAACUUUACGUAUACCACCGUACAGCCGAGCGCCCACUACUACUACGUGGUCCUCCACAACGGCACCGUCGUCGGCGUCAUCGGAGACCUCGUAUCUAGGAGCGCUGAUAUGGGAGCGGGCGACCUUUCCAGAACUCCAGACCGAGAACAGCACGUCGACUUCACCCAAGAGAUAUUGGACGACUUCGUCACCUUCGUCUACCGCAGAGGAAUUGCGAGUCCUGGCCUGUGGACCGUUUUCGCUCCCUUUUCUGCUGCUGUGUGGAUGUGCACCAUCGCUACACUGGUCUUUGUAACGCUCGUCUUGGGUUACAUGCAAGUGCUCCGUGGAUGGCUAUUCAACCGCAAGCGAAAGUUUCAGUCGUGUCCCAAGGGGACGCUUUUCAAGUUUGGGUCCGUCACUUUUCAAGCCCUGCUCAGGCAAGACAACGCCACCCCAAAGCUUGACGCCGUCACGCGUAUCGUCCUGGCGUUCUGGUACCUGGAGUGCUUGAUUCUGUGCACGGUGUACAGUGGCCGACUAACGGCCUUCAGCGUGGUGACGUUGGAGCCUGCCUUGGAUACAUUGGAUGCACUGGUCCGCCGUCAUCCACAUGUAAAGAUCCUGGUCAAAGACGGAACUCUUCCCUUCGACGUCGUCAAGGAACCUGCCUACGAACACAUUUGGCGCCAAGGCUACAUUUCCGUGGUACCUUCCCGCACUGCGGUAGACGAUAUCCUCUCCUUAGUUCAAGGCGGCCAGAAUGCUUGGGUUGGGGAAGCAGCCUUUGCCGAUUUCAAAGUUCGCACCAUCCUCAAGGACGGCAAGGACUCGGACCUCUAUGUGGCACGCACGUCCUUGGCAUCGUCUUAUUGGUCUAUCGCGUUGCAGAAAGGGAGUCCCUUCUUGGACGUCUUUAACGAAAAAAUCCGCCGUCUGUGGUACUACGGUCUCAUCAGCCGUUUGAAGGAAAUCUACUUCAAGGAGACCAAUCUUGCACCGCCCAAUACCGCCAUGCCAGUAACGUUGAAAGAAAUGACGGCUACCUUCUGGAUCUGGUUCUUGGGCUUGAACCUCGCUGCUGCUACGCUUGUAUUCGAAAUGUUUUCCACGAGAGUAUGGAAAGCGAAGCGCUCAAUAACCGAAAGGCGCAAGGCUAAAUGCCAUAGACAUGGCAGCAAAUUUAGCGACGUUAACGUUCGUGUCACGUGCGAAAAAUAAGCAGAAAAUCGCAUAACAAGAUAUGGUACCUAGAGUAACUCAGCCUCUUCGGAAUGACUUACCAACGCAGAUCAAAGAAAUAUAUCACUGCGAAAAGACAGGAUGAAAUACUAGACUAGUUUUAGCUCAUGCGCUCUCGCGCACAAUAGGGAGUUUUCACCUACGUCACAUUGUGACGUGGCAGUGACGUGGCAUACUCGUAAGCUCCUCCCACUGGUGGUCACUUUUCGUACUAGCGGCAUUGAAAGAGACAAACUGCACUAUUUUUUAAUGUGACGCGGCGGCGUCACUAGGGGGUUGCGGUCCGCACCGGAUGAAGCGACGGAAGGGGUGACCCGCCGCACCAAUACUGCCGCUUCCUCCCGUUCUCUGUGGCACGAUGACGCCAAAAACAACAUGAGGAGCCUUCUGCGAGGCACGUUUUUUUUUUUUUUUUUUUCUGAUCAUGGUGUAAUAUGUCUAUUUAUCGUGAAUCGCCUGGUAUGGAAAGGUACCCGUUAAUGGGGGCAUGGUGUGGGCUGGGGGGUGACGCAAAGAGCUCCCGCACCGGGUGACGCGUACCCUAGCGAUGCCACUGAUGUGACGACCAUAAUUUUCAUAAAAGAAAACGUGAGAACGGCAAUGACGAUGUGUCUUCGGGAUAAAAGAAGCGUACGGACGCGACCGGAUUUCAAAACAUCAUUGAAGGCUUUGUUUUCGAGCAAAUGCUAGAUAAUCUCGGAAGCUGCGCCAAAAAAGUGACCACCGCCAUGGCGACCAAGCGCGUUCGUUUGACGUCAUGUGAAAACACCCUACACGGAAUGGCUGCCGUUAUGAUCUCUGGAAAGGGUUAGUGCGUCGAUCGGAAGGGAAAGUAGAAAGAUGUGAUAAGCUCGUCUUAUUUUUACCCUAGCAGCAACGACAACUGCUUUAUCUUGAUGCAUAUGAUGAUGAUGAUUGCUCGCACUAAUAUGGCUGAUGAGCCUUCGAGUAAGGACCACCUUGUUCAAAAAAGGUUAGUAGUGCUUUUGGGUCAGAACUUUGGUGGGCUGAAUUUGACCAUGGGCCAAUCAAUUUUGUCAUAGGGGGAGGGCGAGAGUCUAGCUGAUUUAAAGAUACUGUGGUCCCCUAGGAAUGUGUCCAUGUCGUGAUCGAAGAGAGUUACAAUGUGCCUCUACAGCACAUGGUUCAUGCAUUGAACA